AUGGUUGCUCCAGCUUACGUUGAAGAUACCUACGUCGAUCAUGAGUUAUCUGCAAACCUAGAUUCAACAUUUGCCUUUGAAGGUCCUGAAAAACUAUUAGAGAUCUGGUUCUUUAAUUCUGAAAGCGAUGUCCCAAAAGAAUCGGAGGGUUUGCGUAGCAUUCCUUUAGAAAAAUGGGUUAAAGUUUUAGAUUUAGUCAGUUGUAAAAUAUUAUCCAUGAAAUCCUCAAAAUUCAUGGAUGCAUACUUGUUAUCUGAAUCUUCGUUGUUUGUAUUCCCUCAUAAGUUGAUCUUGAAAACAUGUGGAACUACUACAACAUUAGCAUGUCUUGAAAAAUUAUUCGAAAUCGUUAAUCAAUAUGUUGAAGGCAUGGACUUUGAUGAUUAUAACGUGCACAAAAUAUUCUAUUCAAGAAGAUCCUUCAUGUUUCCAGAUAAGCAAAAGCAUGUGCAUAGAAACUGGAAACAAGAAGUCACCUUAUUGAAUAAAUAUUUCCAAAACGGAAAGUCAUACAUAGUAGGAGACUUCACUAGUGAUGAUCAUUGGUAUUUGUAUAUGGGAGGCAGAGAUUCUGUGCCUUCUACUGAAAACUCUAAUGGUAAUACUCGUGAUCAAACCUUUGAAAUAUUAAUGACUGAGUUAAAUCCCGAGAAGGCUGCAAAUUUUAUUGCAGAUAGAAAGCCCGGCGCUGACUCUUUAAUUAAAGAGACAAGUGAAGAAGAGGAACAUGAUCUCGGCCAUGAUAUGGGAAUGCAAACCAUGUGUAAGAGUAAAUUAGAUUCCAUCUUCGAUGGGUCUAAUAGGAAGCUCAAAUCCCAUCAUUUGCCUUCUCCUUCCUUAUCUGACAGUAUGGAAUUAGAUUCAGAUGAAUAUCUGAAGGAGUCUUCAGCAACUAAAUCAGAAAAAUUCAAGUUUAUUCAUGAUGCAUUUGCAUUCAGUCCCUGUGGAUAUUCGUCAAAUUCUAUCACUUCGAAUAAUGGUGGAUAUUACUACACGUUACAUAUUACACCAGAAUCUGGCUGGUCGUAUGCUUCAUUUGAAACUAAUUACCCUUUCACAAAGGAUAGUAAUGAAAGCGUAGUUGAUGUAUUGAAUAAAGUGUUAGACAUCUUCCAACCUGGAAAAUUUUCUGUCACAUUUAUUACGGAAUCUGAAGACUCCCAUGAUAAGUUCAAUUUCCAUGAUUUAUCAAAUUGUGCUGAUGAUUUAAGUGAACAUGGCUAUGAAAAACAAGAAAGAGUUUUAUAUGACUUGAAGUUCGGCUAUAAAUUGUUGUACUUGAAUUUUGCUAAGUACAAAGCUUAG